AUGCGGGUUGUGUUGUUGUGGUUGGCAAGUUGCAUUGCUACUGUAGCUGCCACAGUAGAUCCGGUUUCACUCGCCCUGGCGACAUAUCCAGAAUGUGCCAUCACCUGUUUGGCCAAGUUGGUACCCGUGUCGGCUUGUGAACUCACAGAUGUGGACUGUCUCUGCCACGACGCACCACUCAAUAGCAAACUUACAGUGUGCGUGACUGCAAAUUGCUCGACCGUUGAUGCUCUAGCUACCAAGAACGGUUCAGCAACAUUGUGCCAGGAGCCCGUGAGAGACAACAGUCUCAACCAAGGUCUGGUGGGAAUCAUUGGUUGCAGUCUCACCUUUAUUAUCUUUCUCAUACGCAUUGCCUCCAACAUGUCCUAUGGCGGCGGUGGCCUUGGAUGGGAUUCUUUCCUCAUCACUGUCACUAUGAUUUGCACAAUUGUUGCCAGCGCACUGGCACCUGUUGCGGCAUCCCAUGGAGUUGGGAGAGACAUUUGGACAUUAUCAGUCGCUGAUAUCGAGGCCGCUCUAUUCUAUUAUUUGAUUGCAGAACUCUUCUACUUUGCCGCCGUCGGCCUAGUAAAAGCCUCGAUCCUCGUCUUCAUGCUCCGCAUCUUUCCCCAGGAGCGCUUCCGCAUAGCCGUCUUCAUCGUCGUCGGCCUCGUCGUCGCCUACACCCUUGCCUUUCUCCUGGCCACCACGUUCCAGUGCCAGCCCGUCAGCUACUUUUGGCUGCAGCUCGACGAUAAUGUCGAGGGCCGGUGCAAUAACAUUAACGCCCAGGCGUGGAUCAGCGCCGCGCUCAACAUGGUUCUGGACCUCAUUGUCCUGGGGCUCCCGCUCAAGUCGCUCUGGGGGCUGCAGCUAUCGGUGGCGAGGAAGCUGACUGUCAUGGCCAUGUUUUCCUUGGGGAUAUUGUAA